GAUAACUAUCAUUUUUCAAAUGGUCCUCCCUUUAUAUAGCUGUGAGUACCUCGUGACUUCAUUUAUACUCUAUAUCAACCACGCCUGGAGUUCUUGAUACUUAGUUCCGCAGAAAGGAGAUAUUUAUUUUACUCAUUCUUGAUUAGACACUAGGACGAGGGAGUAUACAUAUAUCAUGUUCUUUGCUUAUUAUAUCUGCGUGAUUGGAUUUAAUGUCUUGGUAUCGGUUGUAUGACUAGUGUUGCAGGUCUUCUGGGGAGCAGGACGCAUUUAAGUAGCUCAUAUCUUCACAACCCAUAAUUUACUUUGUGGCCAGACAGUAGUUAAGAUAUGCAGACUCCUAAAGCAAGAACCAGUUCCUCUGGUGCGCCCCAAAAGAACUCUCCUCGAUCUAUUUCCUCAGAGGCAACGCAGAAGAACUCCCCUCAAGCUGCUUCCUCGGAAGCAUCCCAAAAAUUUUCUCCUCGAGUGGUGCGCCAGCUCAAGACAAGCCCGCGAUAUUCAGACCAUACAGCAUCUUCAUCCAACCAAGUAAGUCGAGCACCAAAGGAGAAAAGUCCUAAAGUAGCUGAUCACAGGUCUCCCAGAAGCCCAGCCUCUGAGAAAAGGCGUCCAAGCAGAGUUUCUGAAUUAGAAUCUCAGGUUUCUCAGCUUGAGAAUGAUCUGAAAAUUGUGAAGGAUCGACUAUGCUCAACUGAAGAACUGAAGAAGCAAGCCCAGAAAGAUGCAGAGGAAUCUAACCAACAGCUCUUGGCCCUCUCUUUGAAGCUUCAAGAGUCGCAGAAACAACUUCUAGAGCAGUCAGCUCCGAAGGAGGUCCUCUGUGAGAUCACCGAAGAACGAGACGAGAAAUUGCAAUCUGAACUUGAGGCUAUCCAGAAGCAGCACUCUAGUGAUUCAGCUGCAUUAGCAUCUGCAUUAGAUGAGAUCAAACAACUCAAAACCCAGCUUGAGAUAGUAGCUGAAUCUGAAGCUACCCAUUCCAAGAAUUCGGAAGCUGAACAAAACGAGCUCCAUAAAUUGAGAGAGAACUUGUCAAACACCCUUAUGCUUGUGGAAGACAUGAAAAACCAGCUCAGAGACAGCAAAGAAUCAGAAACUCAGGCCCAGGCCCUAGUUGGAGAAACACUUGUUCAACUGGAAGCAGCGAAAAAGAUGGUCGAAAUGCUUAGGUCGGAUGGAUUAAAAGCCACGGAAGCAUACAAUUCAGUAGCUUCUGAGCUGGACCAGUCGAGGGCUCGAGUUAACUUUCUGGAAGAGCUUGUAAGCAAACUCAAGGCUGACAUUCAUACUGGUGGCAGCAAAGAUUCUCUAAGUGAAGGUGACGACCUUAAGCAGAGAACUCAGGAGUCCUUAGAAAUGGAGGUUAAUUCUGUGAAAGUUGAAGUUGAACAACUAAGAUCUGCUCUAGAAGCUGCUGAGAUAAGAUACAAUGAAGAGCAAGCUCAAAGCGCAGAACAGAUAAGAAAUGCUCUUGAAAUGGUAGAGAAGAUAAAAUCUGCAUCAGGUCAGCGAGAGGCCGAGCUGGAGUCCGAGCUACGGAAAUCUAAGUACGAAAUUGAGGAGUUGAAGGCAAACCUAAUGGAUAAGGAAACUGAACUACAAGGUAUCUGUGAAGAGAAUGAGGGCCUUACCGUGAAGCUGGAAAAUACUCUAUCGGGCCAGGGGGAACAUGAACUGGAAAAGAAGCUCCAGAAAUCAAACGCAGAGAUAGAAAAUCUGAAAGUCCGUUUGAUGGACAAAGAGACAGAGUGGCAACACAUAUCAGAGGAAAAUGAAAAACUGAAGUUGGAGAUAAAAGAAAUGAUCAAGGGCAAAGUAAGUGAUGAAAUUGUGUCCGACAUUGAAUCAGCAAGGGCUGCAGAGCGAGAGGCUCUUAUGAAGAUUGGUUACAUGACGGAGGAAGUCGACAAGAGUAACAGAAAGGCAGCAAGGGUGGCGGAGCAGUUAGAGGCGGCACAAGCAGCAAAUGCAGAGAUGGAAGCUGAGUUAAGGAGGCUAAAAGUGCAGUCGGACCAGUGGAGGAAGGCUGCAGAGGCUG